UCGUUAGCGACUGAGGCUUUUUACGUCAUCGCCGGCGCGACGCCCCUAGGGACAGUGUGGGGUCUGGCUUUCGGGAAGGUGUGGCGGCGGGAACGGCGGGGAAGAUGCCAGUGGCGGUGAUGGCGGAAAGUGCCUUUAGUUUCAAAAAGUUGCUGGAUCAGUGCGAGAACCAGGAGCUAGAGGCUCCUGGAGGAAUUGCCACAGCCCCAGUGUAUGGUCAGCUCCUGGCUUUGUAUCUGCUCCAUAACGACAUGAAUAACGCAAGAUAUCUUUGGAAAAGAAUACCACCUGCUAUCAAGUCUGCAAAUUCUGAACUUGGAGGGAUUUGGUCAGUGGGACAGAGGAUCUGGCAGAGAGACUUCCCUGGGAUCUACACGACCAUCGGCGCUCACCAGUGGUCGGAGACGGUCCAGCCCAUCAUGGCAGCACUGAGAGACGCGACCAGGGGGAGAGCCUUUGCCCUGGUCUCCCAAGCGUACACCUCCAUCAUCGUCGACGACUUUGCUGCCUUCGUUGGACUUCCUGUGGAAGAGGCUGUGAAAGGCAUAUUAGAACAAGGAUGGCAAGCUGACUCCACCACAAGAAUGGUCAUGCCCAAAAAGCCAGUUGCAGGAGCCGCGGAUGUUUCCUCUAACAGGUUUAUUCCCCUGUCGGAGCCUGCCCCGGUCCCACCAAUCCCCAACGAGCAGCAGUUAGCCAGGCUGACCGAUUACGUGGCUUUCCUUGAAAACUGAGUUCCCACCUGGAGUUCAAGAUCCACCUUCAGAGUCCUGUCUGCUGACAGAUGGAGAAAUGUAAAAUGUUCGUUUUUAAUUGUUUGAAUGGAUUAAGCACCUCAGCAUCCCUCACUGAGUAGGUGAUGGAAUACUAUAUAAUACAGAGUGUAUUGUGUAUAUUUUGCCCCUAAACAUUACGCUGACUAGUUGUUGAGAGGGCUCUCAGUCUGUGAUGUGUAACAGUUGGAGCCCAUCAGUGUUAGGUGGCUGCCGCGUGUUCCCCAGUGACUGGUAAAGCGUGGCUCUGCGGCUCCGUGUAGCGCAGCGGCUGUCCACUGUCUGUCCCUGCCUCAGCACACAGCACCCCUGUCUGUGCCCCUGGCUGAUAGUGGGGCAGGUUCGUCUGGGGCUAGAGGGGGACCUUCCCCGAAAGGCAGUAGCCACAUUGCUGGGAAUUCACCUUCUUUGGAGAAUAUGCUUCUUUUCCUCCCCACCUCCUGAGAAUCACUAAUGUAAAUACUGGAUAGAGCUGAGGGACAGAAGACCGUGUCCUCAAUAAACCAGGCUGUCCACGGGAUUUCUCCUGGUGGCCUGAGUGUGCCCAUGGCUGGUAGUGAAGGGCCCCCCAGGAAAAGCAGCUCAUCUGAGGUGCUGGUGAGAAGUCUUAAGUUGGGACAGCUCCUGUCAGCAGGAGAAGGGUGGGGGCGGCACGUGAUGUUGGAAAAGAGGUGUGGAGAUGAGCGUGUGCGACUCCUGCAGCCUGCGGGCUGCUCGUGGUCGCCCCUUGGUUCAGGGCCUGCCUUUCGGAGAAAUUCGGGAUGAAGCUUUCGUUCUCGUGUGACCCUGCUGUUAACGUCUGAACCUGGGUAUUGUCUCCGCGGGUUAACACACCCCCUAGUUCGUUCCAUUCUGCAUUUGUUCAGUAAAUAUUUAAUCGAAUUCACUGUUUCAUCUAAGGUAGUUUCUGGAAAUGUCACUCUUGGCCUUCUUUCUAUGGACUCAUUGUAGUGUGUCAACAUCUCUUAAGACAGGAAUUUCCUGAUUAAACAGAAACGACCUGUAUAGUUGUCAUUGCGUGCUUCCUGUGUUUGCUCAUUUUAAAUGUAUUUUACUGGCUGACAUACUCAUGUUGUUCUGCAGAUAGGGCUUCGGUUUUCGUGUGGAUGAACCAGGCUUCCUUCCUGGGUGCUUUGGUGACAAGUGACUGCCCUUCUGACGUUUCAGAAGCAACUAUCUUCUC